AUGACUUCUCCCGCCACCACCACCGAGCCGCGCGUCGUCAAACGCAAGCGCUCCACUUCGCCCGUCCAUCCUUCUCCAAGUAGGACUGGUCAGACACAGCUGCCAUCCUUCCAUGAUACCGGCGCUAAGCCCCACCGACAUUCCCAGCCACAGCCGCCGCCACAACACCACCAUCAUCCGCAGUCGUCACACGCCUCACGUAGCCACAAUUACGAAGACGCAGAGCCUUAUCCUCGUCCCUUCCAUUCGCGCUCCCACUCAUCUGCGUACUCACAACAUCAGUCCGACUCGGAACGCGACGAAGCAGACCUCGAAGCUGCUCUCUCGCCGCGACAAGCGAGGUCUCCGUAUGCCACCAGCGACCUGCGAGGCUCUCCAUCCGUUUCCAUCGACCUCGCUGCCUCUCCCUCUUCGCGCACUCACCCGCUCAUAGCCCCUCGCCCUGCGCCCUCUGCAACCUCUAGCACCUCUUCUGCUGCCGCUGCCUCAAGCAUCUCGUCCAGUCGCUAUCUCGCUCAGCCUCAGCAUGCUGUUGGUCACCCCGCAACGCAGUACUCUGGCCUAGGCCGUCCUUCUUCUCAUCGUCCGCGAUCGCCAACGAGACAGUCCGCGCAAGCUGACUCCUCUACUCCGGCCCACUCUUCAGCAAAGGCAGCACGCGCCCUGGCUGCACUCGAAUCUUCUCAUCUCUCGGAUCUCAAGAACGACCUUGCAUCCAUCACCUCUCCUCACCAGCGCGCCUCGUCCAGUUCGACACCUCAGACCCCUUCUUCUGCAAGUCGCAAGGCAAACGAUUCCGCAACUGUCACUAUGGACGAAGGCUUGGAUCCUUCAUCCAACGAGCCUUCUGGCACGUCCUCAUCCAAGAGAGACUCUCUUCUUACGCCAUCUGAGAAACCUCGUGGCGGUCAAGCCUGCCUUGAGUGUCGUCUGGCAAAGGUGCGAUGUCUGCCCUCGGACGACUCGGAACAUUGUCAGCGAUGUCAGCGCUUCAACUUUGAAUGCCUGUUUGUACAACACAAGCGUGGCAGGAAGCCAAAGAGCAAGUUGCAGGGUCGCGACCUCACGCUGCUCGCCGAGGCUGCGUACGCCACCAAUGCGUCCCCAGUACAACAGAACGAGCGGCCGAGCGCACGCAAAUCAGCAUCUGCCAGCAGCGGCAUUACACCCGAUGCAAGAUCCUCCAAGCCCAAUACUGCUACAUCUGCUGCUUCCCCCGGCGUGCGAUGGAGUUCGGCACCCGACAGCGCCUUUCCCGCGCCUCCUUAUCCGUCCGAACACAUUGGCUCAGCAGCACAGCAUCAAGGCAUGGACCUCGAUUUCGACCCCGGACGCGUGGAUUCCCCAUCUUCUGCCUUCUAUGCAAAGAAGCAGCCUCUCUCUGCGUUUGCACCAUCGGCCGACAACCGCACCGCUCUCGACCCGAAGAACUUGUUUGGCGUCGAUGUCGGACGCAUGACUCAAGCCAUGCAGCAGGCUAUGCGAUCGCUCGAAAGAAGACGAGGUGCCCCGUACACGCUUGUCACCAACAAUGAUAUUUCCAACGUCGAAGGCAACGAUGACGAUGGCGCUAACAGCGAUGUGGGUGCAACGCCUCCCCCGCCCGGCACAACCACUGCUGCAGACACGAACGCCGUCAAUGAGAGUUUCGAGCUCAUCGCCGAGCAGCCCUUGACGCUGCGUGUCAUGCUCAAGCCAUUCGAGGUGUCGGACCAGCCCGACUGCGAAACGCCUGGCGUUCUGGCUGAUGACCGCAAUCCGCUUGCAACGCAGCCCACUCAGCCUCAACUCGACGAUCCCAUCGCUCAAGGCACUCUUACCGAGCCAGCAGCGCGCGCGCUUUUUGACCUUUUCAUGCGUCACUGCAACUCCUGGAGUUGCGUCUUUGAUCCCUCGCUUCACACUCACGAUUUCAUCAGGAAACGUUCCUCCUUCCUCUACACGGUAUUGCUUUACGUCGGUGCACGUUACUCGACACGCCCAACUGCUCACCAUCUCCUCGUGCGCGAUCAGCGCAACGAGUAUGUUGCCGAGAGCGAAUGGGACCUCGCCUACGAGGAUCCCCUCACAGACCGCACGGAACGAGCCGCCGAUGAAUAUGCGCGUCAGGUCCGACGUCGCAUUCACGAUCAGGCGCGACAGCAUGCCGCACGUGCCUUUGUCGAUGGCGACCGCACCGUGUUGUGCUGCCAGGCAUUCUUCAUCCUCGCCAGCUGGAAGCCGCUCGACGAUGGUCUCAGUGUCAUUCAGCUCGGUUACGCAUUUCGUCUUGCCAUGGAUAUUCAACUUCACGCAGAGAUGCCCAACUGCGUCAAGCCAAACGAGUCCAACCUGGAUCAGGCAGGUCAACAGCGUUAUAAGGCGGUUCAGAGACGCUUUCGCAACCGACAGCGGACGUUCCUCAUGCUUUUCGUUCAGGACAAGUCGCAGCAGAUCUCCAACAAGAUCACGACUCAUUCCAUUUCGGCCGACAAUGUCCUCAUUCGUCGAUGCCAGACGUGGUGGAAGCAUGACGGCUCGAUUCCAACCGAUGCAUUCGUAUGCGCAUCCGCCGACAUACGUCGCAUCCAGGGCAAGUAUGUGGAGCUGUACGAUCGCAUCGAAGCGCUCACCUCUGCUACUUCGGAUGGGCCAAGCAUCAUGAUGCCCGCCUUCCUCUCCGACCUGUACGAGUGGAACGCGCGAUGGCACGAAGCGCUCGGUCUGCGCGAGGAUGUAGACGAAGACGCCCACCUCGACGAGGCCACCGCCUAUGAUCGUCGAUGUCAGCGUCUGUGUCUCAAACUGUGGAAGGACAACAUCAAGACAUACGUGUCUUCGCUCGUGCUCAAGUCGAGCCUGAAACAGGCAGCUCUGCAGGAACACCAAGAGAUUGUCCGCAACCAUCAUCGACGCUCGACAACUCGCGAGAAGGAAGACCGCGAUUCGAUCUCGGGCCGAUCGCAUCUCUCGAGCGGACUCGAGCCUGGCAUGGUCAACCUGAUGGCGAUGCCUGCCUUUUGGCCGUGUGUCGAGGGCGCGAGGGGCGUGCUGGAAGCAGUGUGUGCCUUCCCGCCGGAGAGGCUGCUUUCGGCGCCGGAUGCGACCAUCAUGCAGACGACGCAUGCAGCCGUGCUGCUCUGCAGUCUGGCGACCGUCAAGUCGCAACCUCCGCUAGGACCUGGCUAUCUGAGGUCCAACAUCCAGCUUAUCGAUCAAACGAGUGCAGCGUUUAGGCGGGCCAGCGUUAAAGAAGAGGACACGGUGCUGCACAUUGCCAUGUAUCUGGAAUCGCUGUUGAGGCCGAAGAAUGCCGUACCUAGCUCGCAGGACAAGACUGCCGGAUGGAGAGCCCACGCCAAAGGCGCUGCCGCGCAAGCGAGCGCCCUUUCAUUGGACGAUGCAAAGUUGCGUGGGCAGAAAUCGGCGUUGGACGGUGGCGCUGGUGCAGCUGACCGCCUAGCAUCUAGUGGAGCUGCUCCGGGGCAAGACAAUUUGCUCAACGGCGGAGCAGCGAUCGGCACGAGCAACGCAAACUCGGCACUUGGCGGGAACGGUUUCGCGCAGUUCACCAAUUUCACCCUGCUCUCGAACAACAACGAUAUGUUCUACUCUGGCAGCAACACGACGCCUUCCGCGCCGAGAUGGUUCAACAAUGGGUCUUCGUCGACCACGACAAACACGGCGCCUGCUGCAGACAACGCGCUGUUCUUCAACAAUGCCGCCAACGAAGCUGGCUUCGACAGGGAAGGGCUUAAUGCCAUUGCUUCGGCUGCUGCGGCUGCUGCUGCACAGCAGAAUGGAGGUACAGAAGCAGGCGAGGUGGAUAUGACGGGUGUCAAUUGGCCUCCUACGAUGAACAACGGUGGUGGAAAUGGUGCGGCUUCAUGGAACACGCUCAUGUUUGGCAAUUCGAGUAAUGGUGGUGGGAAUACGACGAUGGGCGGGGAUGCGUAUCAGCAGCCAGUCGGUGGUGCGAGUGGCAUGUUUGGAGGACAGACGCAGAACAAAGAACAGCAGGCGGACGAAACGCUACGCAUGCUGUUGCGGUUCCUGGAUGGAUGA